ACUAGGGAAGGGGCGGGGUUAUCUCGCACAUCCAGCUGCUGUGAACUGAUCGCAGAGGCGCGCGGAGUGAAGAUCAAAAUCAGGAUGAAAUCCAACAAAAGACACACAGCACCACAUACCACUGACACAGAGUUUGGAGGGGCGAUAGGUGCUGCAUGUCUAAUAGUGCUCCUUCCCAUCACUGUGCUCUUCCUGCUGAGUGUGUGUGUGUCUGAGGAGGGCGCUGUGUUCCACUGGCCUCCUGCACUGCCCCACCAAUCUGACCUCUGUGACCCCCGAGCCGUGUUCAUCAUCACUGGGUGGAUCUGCACACACAUUCUGCUCUACCUUCUCCCAGUUGGCAAGGUGUCAGAGGGUUUAGUUCUCAGGGAUGGAAGCAGACUGAAAUAUCCAAUAAAUGGGUUCCAUGCGCUGUGUGUGACAGCUGUUUUGGUGUGUGUGUGUGUGUGUUUGGGUGUACCCCUGGCUCUUCUGUAUGAGCUGAUGGUGCCGUUAGCCGUGUGUGCAGUGGGUGUGGCCUUUCUUCUCUCCCUGUACCUCUACGCUCGCUCCUUCUGGGCUCCCACACAUGCCUUAGCAAUCGGAGGAAACACAGGCCAUGCUGUGUAUGAUUUCUUUAUUGGACGGGAGUUGAACCCACGCAUCGGCUCAUUCGAUCUGAAAUAUUUCUGUGAGCUGCGGCCAGGGUUGAUUGGCUGGGUGGUGCUGAAUGCCGUGAUGCUGUUGAAGGAGGUUGAGCUCAGAGGAUCACCUUCAGUGUCAAUGCUGCUGGUCAACGCCUUCCAAUUGCUCUAUGUCACGGACGCUCUGUGGAACGAAGAGGCAGUGUUGAGCACCAUGGAUAUUGUGCAUGAUGGAUUUGGCUUCAUGUUGGCUUUUGGUGAUUUGGUUUGGGUUCCUUUCACAUACGGCCUCCAGGCAGCCUUCCUUGUGUCACAUCCUCAUAUGCUCACUCCCUUCAGAGCCCUUGCCAUCAUCCUGCUGAACGGAAUUGGAUAUUAUGUCUUCCGAAAGUCCAACUCUCAGAAGAACCAGUUCAGGAGAGACCCAACACACAAGAGUGUCCGGCAUUUAGAGACAAUUGCCACAGCAACAGGAAAGCGGCUGUUAGUGUCGGGAUGGUGGGGGUUCGUCAGACACCCUAAUUACCUUGGAGACAUUUUGAUGGCGCUGGCAUGGUCUCUGCCUUGUGGGUUCUCUCACAUUCUGCCGUACUUCUAUGUGCUGUACUUCAGUGCGCUGUUGGUGCACAGGGAGGCGCGAGACGAGCGUCAGUGCAGAGCGAAGUACGGAGCAGCUUGGGAGGCUUACUGCAGACGAGUGCCUUACAGGAUCAUCCCCUACAUCUACUGAGCUCAUUACUGAUGUUAUACACUCUCUCACUCCUGUUCCCCUCACUCUCUCUCACACACAACCUCUAUGUGUACAAACAUGCUCUUAACGUGUGUGUGUGUGAUGAGACAUAGAUCUUCCUGUAAUAAACCCUGUAUUUGUUCACAGAUGUUUUCCUGAUAAAGUCACAUUUAUAUAAAAAACCCAGCUGUUGUGCAGUAACUUUAUUUUCAUGUGUUUCAUGACCCUGGGUUUAACACAUGGCCGUGUUACUGAGGCUUGUUAUCCAAAACAAAUCCAAUAUCACACACCAAGAUUAACAAAAGAUCAACAUGACUAAUGUAAAGAUUACCAGAGGUUUUCAUUUGUAAAAAGAUUGUUUCAGACAAAUCAGGACUUUUUACACUCUACUAUAGUGUGCAUUACAGUGGUGUACUAUGUGGGGUAUACAAUUCUACAGUGUAGGGGGACAUGUGGAACAGGAAUCUCAGGAGACCACAACGAUUGUAAAUUGAGCUGAACAUGACAGCAGUUUGUGUUUAUUAUUGUUGCAACAGAACACAGCUUUGUGUGUGUGUGUGUGUAAGAAAAUAAUUGUCAUGUUAUCUAAUUGUUUUAAGAGAAUAUAUCAUUUUUGACAGUCGCUGUAACCAUUUUUUUUUAAAUAAAUUAAAU